CAGCUAAAGGCGUCUCUGCACUUUCUGCUAGCUUCUUGACUCGGAGCAACAGUCGUUCAGGGUUCAGACAUGCAGGUGAAGAGGGUCGUUCUGAACUCACGACCAGGUAAAAACGCUGAGCCAAGCCCUGGAAACUUCCGCCUGGAAGAGACAACUUUAGCACCUGACUUACCUGAUGGGGAAGUUCUGGUUCGGACGGUUUACCUCUCAGUGGACCCUUACAUGAUCGGCAGGCUGGACGGAUGUGUGAGGGUGGUCGGGAUCUGCGGUUCUGAUGAGAAGUGCAGAGUUUUGGUUGAAGAUGUAGGCUUCUCUGCGGCCAUCAACUACCGCAGGGAGGACGUGUCUGCACAGCUUCAGGACAGUUGUCCUGAAGGGAUCGACGUGUACUUCGACAAUGUGGGAGGUGCUGUCAGUGAUGCUGUUAUAGCACAGAUGAACAAAGACGGCCAUGUGAUCCUCUGUGGGCAGAUCUCGCAGUACAACAAAGAUGUACCGUACCCCCCACCCCUGAGCGAUGAAACACAAAAAAUCCUGCAAAGCCAGAACAUCACCCGGGAGAGGUUUCUGGUCCUUAACUAUAUGAAUAAAACAGAAGCUUCUCUGUUGGAGCUCAGCCAGUUGGUCAAAUCAUCCCAAAUUAAGGUGCUGGAGACUGUGCUGAAUGGCAUAGAAAACAUGGGAAAUGCAUUUUGCUCCAUGAUGAAAGGUGGAAACAUCGGCAAGCAGAUUGUAAAAAUAUCAGAAUGAAGACAGUCGUUUCCAGCAGGGACUUUUUUUAAUUAACCCACGAGAGACUUUAAUCUCUGCCAUUAACAGCAGCUUAAUGAACUGUUAAUUAUUGUGCUGAUUAACUGGUGCUAGGCCGUGAUGAGGAAUGAACUAAAAAAAAAGUUUUGAAAUUAAAUUUUUCAGAAAAAUC